AUGGACAAACAAUACUUACUCACUUUUUUCGUCGUCGCUAUUGUUUUUCCAUCGGUCACUUUAGCUAAAGAGUUCAUAGUCGGUGAUGAAGCUGGAUGGACAACAACGGGCGAUUACGAAGGUUGGGUCAAGGGCAAGGAAUUUCGGAUUGGAGACAAACUCGUUUUCAAGUAUACUAUUGGACUUCACAAUGUGUAUCCUGUGGACGAAUAUGUUUUCAAGUAUACUAUUGGACUUCACAAUGUGUAUCCUGUGGACGAAUAUGGUUACAAAAAUUGCAUUAUUCCACAAAAUGGAGUACUAGAUUCAGGAGAGGAUACAAUUACUCUUGAAACCCCGGGACCAAAAUAUUUUGUUUGCGGUGUAGGGUUGCAUUGCGAGAAAGGUGGCCAAAAGCUCUCAGUAGACGUGAAACAAGGAGACACACAAGGGCCAACCCACGGGGAAAAGACUUAUUCUCAAUCCUUUGGUGCAAAUGGCUCACCAUAUACAGCACCUUCUCAAUCUCCAACUACAAAUGGUUCACCAUAUGUAGCACCUUCUCAAUCUCAAGCUACAAAUGGCUCACCAUAUGCAACACCUUCUCAAUUCUCGAUUGCCAAUGACUCACCAAAUGGAGCGCCAUCUCAAUCUUCAAUCUCUAGUGAUUCUAGUAAUUCAUCAAAUGGAUUAAGAAAGAUUGGAUGUCAGCAACUAUUAGCUAUAUUGGUGGCAAUUGUGGCUCUGAUUGUAAUUUAA